AUUGGACGGGCGCAGCGCGGCCGAGUGAGGCCAUUAGCGCGGUUUCAGACACAAAUUUGCCGUUCAGAUGCUGCACACCGCACACAAAUUUGCCGUUCAGUGCUCCGCCCUACCACACCUCACACGCUUUGAGGCGCUGCGCUACAGCCGCUCCCCCCGUGGCGGCCCUGGCGGCGGUGGCGAUGGCCCCGGGGGCGUUUUGCUGCAGCUGCUUGGCUUUGGCGGCGGCGGCCUUGGCGCAGCUGGCGAUGGCGGCGGCGGCGGAGCAGCAGCAGCAGCAGCAGCAGCAGCAGCAGCAGCAGCAGCAGGAGCUGGCGGCGGUGGCGCCGCCGCCGCCGUCGCGAGGCCGCCAGUCACCCUGGCUGCGGCGCUUUCAAGCCUGGCGGGCUCAGUACGGCACCUGCGGCUGCAUGCCGCAGCGGCGGCGGCGGCAGCGCCAGGGCUGGGCCUGGCAGCGGCGGCGCCGGCGGCGGCGGGUGGCCUGGGGGCGGGGCCGGCUGGCUUGCAGCAGGCCGGAGGCAUUGGCGGCGACGGGGCGGAGGCAGGGGCAGCGGCAGGGGCAGGGGUGGGCGGUCUCGCAGAUGUGAUGGCGGCGCUGGGCGGCGGCGGCGGGGCGGCGGCGGCGGCGGCCGGGGGGCAGCUGGCAGCGGCUGCAGACGGGGCGGGUGCCGGCGGCGGCGGCGGCGGAGGGGGAGGGGGAGGAGGAGGAGGAGGAGGAGGAGGGGAAGAGGUGUGGGUGCUGCAGCGACCGCGGCCGGCGGCGGCGGUGGUGCUGCCGCCGAGCCUGCAGCAGCUUGCAGGCCGGCUGCGUGUGCUGGACCUCAGCUACUGCGGCCCACUGCAGCUACAGCCGGGCAGCCUGUCCGGCCUCAGCCGCCUCACGCGCCUGUGCCUGCGCGGCUGCCUGCUACUGCCGCCGCCGCCGCCGCCGCCGGUGCUACUGCCACCGGGACUGGGCGUGCCCGGUGAGGGGCUGGGAGGGGGAGGCGGAGGGGGAGGUGGCGGGGGCCUGCUGCUACUGCUGCUUGCCGUGGAGGCCGUGCCGGCUAAUGCAGCGAUACAGCCACAGCUACAGCCGGAGCAGCAGCAGCAGCAGCAGCAGCAGCAGCUACAGCCGGCACCACAGGGGCCGCCGCAGGGGCCGGCGGUGCUGGCGGGCGGGCACGCGGCAGGGCCAGCAGGCGGGGGGGGAGGGGGAGGAGCAGGGCCAGCAGGCGGGGGAGGAGGGGGAGGAGCAGGAGGGGGAGGAGGGGCAGCAGGAGCAGGGCCAGCAGCAGCAGUAGCAGCAGCCGGAGGAGGAGGAGGCGCCCCCGCGGCUGGCGGCGGCGGCGGCGGCGGUGCUGCAGCGGCCGCCGCUGCCGCCGCUGCUACUGCCUACUGGCCGGAUGAGUUGCGGGGCCUGACCCGACUGAGACACCUGGACAUGGCAGGCUGCCGCCUGGGUCCGCGGCCGCUGCCCGCCGACUGCCUGGCCCCGCACGCCCGCCACCUCUCCCACCUGGACCUCAGCCACAACGGCCUGUGCGCGCUGCCCGCAAGCCUGAGGGAGCUGUCCAGGCUGGCGGUCCUGCGAGUGGCCGGCAACAGCAUCACUCAGCUACAGCCGCUAGCACCACCGCCACCACCGCCGCCACCGCCGCCGCACGCGCCGUCACCUGCUACUGCCGCUGCUACUGCCGCUGCCGCGCGCAGUGGCGACCACAGCGGCAGCGGACGCGGCGGCGGCGGCGGCAUCGGCAGUAGCAGGAGGGGGCUGCUGGUGCUGGACGCCUCGUUCAACCGCAUUGGCGAGAUCAGCGAGCUACAGCCGGCGCUGGUCAGGAGCCUGCUACAGCCGCCCAGCCUGAGGGUGCUGGACCUGUCGUACAACCCCCUCGUGCGGCUGCAGCUACAGCCGCCGUCCCCGCCACCGCUACAGCCGGCGGCGGCGCCGGCGGCGCCAGGGGCGCUGCUGCCGCACCUGCGGUCCCUCAACCUGCGCGCCUGCCUACUCACCUGCUUCCCUUGGGGCGUGGUCCGCCGGCUCCCACGGCUGUCGUACCUGGACGUGUCGGGGCAAGCGACGGUGCGGCAGUCGGCGCCGCCGCCGCCCACACCGCCGCGGGCUGGCGGCGGCGCCGCCGGUGCGGUGGCGGCGGCGGCGGUGGCGGCGGCGGCGCCCGGCGGCGGUGGUGGCGGCGGCGGCGGGCUGGAAUUGGUGGCGGCGGCGGAGGAGUCGCGGCUGAGGGGCGGACCCAACUGCCUGCAGGAUGCCUCGGCCACGUGGCGGCCGUUUUGGGGCCGUACCGCCGCCGCCGCCCAGAUGGCCAGGAUGGCGGCGGCGGUGAUGAAGGCGGCGGCGGCGCCGCCGCCGCCGCCGAAUGGUGUGGAGGCGGCAACAGCAGGCGCCAAGGCGGUGGCGCCGCCACUGCAAAGGCAGGAAGGGCAGCAGCAACGGCAGCGUGUGUCUUCGCGCCCGGAUGCCGGCAGUGCCGGUGACAGCAGGGCCAGCAGGGCCAGGGGACCGCACGGGCAUUCGUGCCUGGGAGCCGGGAUCGGCCGUGUGGAGCUGCCGGGUAGUGGGGAGGGGGAGGGGGAGGAGGGGAUGGGGGCAGGAGCGGAGGGGGAGGACGACGUGGAGGGGCGGUGGUACACCGGCGCCGACGGCUACAGCGCAGCACUGCAGCAGGAGUGCGAACUACUGCUGCUGCUACAGCCGCAGCCGCAGCCGCAGCUACCACCGCAGCUACAGCCGCAGCCGCAGCUACAGCUACAGCCGCCCUCUGUCGGACGUGCGCCGGACACUGCUGCUGCUACUGCUACUGCUGCAGCCGGUCAAGCACGUGAUGACAGUGACAGUGGCGGGGGCCAUGGCGCGCGGUCGUUGGUUGGCGGCGGCUGGGCACGCGCACUGCUGCGGCUGCCGCUGCUGCCGCUGGUGCCGCUGUUGCCGCUGCUUCCGGGCCGCGGCUCUGAAAGUACUGCUGGUGGCGGUGGCCGCAACAGCAGCUCUGACUCUGAGGUUGCAGGCGCGGCCGCCGCCGCCACCUCGCUGCCAAUCUCCCGUGGGGAGGAGGCCGUCGGCACGGGCGGCGGCGGCGGCGGCGGCCGCGGCGGCGGUGACGAGGGCUACCGCGGCCCGUGUGCACUGCCGCUGCAGCUCGUGAGUCUGGCGGCCCCCGUGGCGGCAGCCGACAUUAUUCCGCUUGGCAGUAGCAGCGGCAGUGGCAGUAGCAGCGGCAGUGGCGGCGGCGCGCUGCGUGUGUUGGUGGCGGACCUGGCUCCGUGGAACCUGCCCGCGGCUGAGGCGUUGAGGCGGCAGGGGGUGGAUGUCCGGCUAUUCUGAGGAGGGCCGCCAGGAGUGCGGCAGUCUGUAUGUGUGUGUGGGGAGUGGGCGGGGGUUACGUGGCUGGGGUUUAAGGAUGAGUCGGAGUGAGGUCGGAAGAGGUAGGGCGACGGCAGGCAGGCAACAAGGGGAAUUCGUACAGCUGGAAAAUGGGCUGAGCUCCGCAGCAUCAGGGAGGACUGAUGAUUGCAAAUCGGUAGACGGACGAUGGCACCACGCCUUAUGCUGGAGUAGUCUACUCGACGUCUAUUGCAGCUAGUAAGUACCUCCAUGGGGCUUUGGGGCUGGCAUGGCCACGGUGUGCACACAACGCCACACGCCAUCCACGCGUGCCGUCCCUUGCCGCUCAUUUCCAAGCCGCCCCUUGAACCUCUAGCACAGUUGACAACUCCCGGAUUGCCCCCACAACCCUACGGGACUGGGGCGACCUCGACGGUGCCGCAGCAUUCAGGCGUGUCGACAGGCGUGCGCUGGAGCCCUGCUUGUAGACCGGCAGCGGCAUGUCGAUGCCCUUCGUUAGUUCGCUGCCUUGAAGCCGUCCGCAACUGCGCGGCAAUCGCCCGCGCCUUCGUCACGUUGGCAGGGUUCAGCUACAAUCUUGUUUGUCAUCGAGCUGAAGCCGAAAAAUGUGGCGAAGGCGCGGGCGAUUGCCGUAUGUGCAGUUGCAGACGGCUUCAAGGCAGCGAACUAACGAAGGGCAUCGACCUGCCUCUGCCGGUCUUCAAGCAGGGCUCCACCGCAUGCGUGUCGACACGCCUGAAUGCCGAGGGAUCGCUGAGGUCGCCCCCGGGUUGGUCAAUUGAGUACCGGCAUGUGGGUACGAGCGCUAGUCCAAGGGAUGCGGUAGCGUAUGCGCUCACUGGACCGUAGCACCGUACCGUCAUGGUGUGGGGUGCUGGACUGAACUGCUGGACCGCUCGGCUGAUAGCUGAAGCGCGUGCGACUGCGUCUGCCCAGAUGGAAACUAUCAUCAGUGACCCCCAAGCCUUCUGGACUAGCUCGCCACACGCCGACACGCAGGCUCGUGAUGGAACAUGGCAAGGGGCAGGAAAGCGUAGUCCCGAUGUGUGUGGUUCCCACCCGUGCCCACAUAAAUGCGUAGCAAGAAGGGACAAGGCAUUGGUGCGUCGUUCGCGCGCUGUUACUGUACCGACGGUAGCUGGCAGGAUGUGUCGAUGUUUUGCUGACGCGCAUUCCUCACGCUCCGGGCGCCCGGCCAAGGCGAUAGCACCACACAGACUCAAUGCGACGCCACACCGCGCGGAUAGCAUAGCCGAUGCGCACCUGCAGGCAGUCGACCGGCGUCCACGGAUGAGCUGUGUAGACGAGCACUAGCGUAAUGCAACGGCGUGCAGCAAAACAAUGGCCGGGCGACAGUGUGACAAGCAGGGGCAAGAACAAGGCGAAGCAAAGCAGAAGAGGGGCCCGAAUGUGUACGACAAUUGUGGCGGGCAGGCCGAAUGCGGUGCAACACGCCAACAACACAACCGGAGGUGAGGAAGCGUUGCUGAUGGUGAGGAUAGGUGCUGCGACGUUCGGUAGGGGAGCUGUGGCCGCGCACUAGAUGGGAGGAAGUUUCCGAGGUGUUGUUUCCGAGGCAUUGUUUGUGGCUGAUGUUUGUGGCUGAUUAAGAAAGAAGCAGAGUUUCGGCUGUGAGCGGCUGGCGAGGAGAGGCGGGGGCUGUUGCGUUUGGGAAGGCGGGCGGAAGGCCGCACACGCCGGGAGUCGGGCAGGCUGUAGAUUUCGCUGAAGCUGCGUUUGAGAAGGGAGCCGAAGGGACAGCUGGGGUGGGACAGUUGGUGUGGGACAGCUGGAAGGGACAACUGGAAGGGACUACUGGAAGGGACAGCUGGGAGGGACAUCUGGGAGGGGACAGCGGAUGUGGGACUGCUGGGGUGGGACAGCUGGGGAGAGGCACGGGACAGCUAGCAUGGGACGCUGGGUGGCUGCAGAGGCUGGCAGCGCUGGGGCUGGUACGUAGGUGGGUACUUGGGUACGCGGCUGGAUGGAGCCCGGGCUCACGAAGAGCUCCCCGGUGGCAUGACAGGAGGCGGCGUCUUAAAAGCAUCAGCC